UUGCUUACGUAUUUUUAAAAAAUAUGACUGAUUGAAAACAAAUAAGUUUUCGACAAGAAAAGUAUAAAAUUGUUCGAAGUUUGCAACCAUCUAAUGGUAGGAGCUAAAAACAUUAUAUUCAUAGGUAUAGACAUUUGCUCACAUUUGCCUAAACGUGAAAAGAUAGAAGUAUCCUUAUUUGAUACGGCUCUACUGGGACUUUCAAAAAUAUCCAUAUUCUGGGUUAGCUAGAUGUUGAUGAUAUAUUUGUGGUUUCAGAACUAUCUGAAAAUCAAAUUAAAUCUUUAGUAUAUGAGUUUAACAAGUUAGACGAAAAUUUGAAAUUUGAGUAUGAAUACGAGAAAAGUAAUACUAUAUCUUUCUUAGAUGUGCAAAUCCAUUUUAAAGGAGCUAAAUUAUGUUUAGAAACAAAUUGGUUUAAAAAACCAACAGCAAGUAACCGUUUGCCACAUUAUGAGUCUGAUCAUAAUCUGGCAAUGAAGAAAAAUAUUGCUAUAAAUAUGAUUAAAAGAAUUCAGAUAGCAAAUAAUGGAAAUCAUACUGAUAAUGACAUGCAAAUACUUAUAAAUAUGUUGACGAAUAGUGGUUAUCCACACAAUUUAGUAAAAAAAAUUUUUCGAAUGGUGAGAAAACAGAAUAAUGAGGAUAGAAGAAUGGUUGAGAAUGAGAAAAAUAGUAAACAGAGUGUUAUUGUUAUUCCUCAUGUAAACGAAUUGACAGAAAAAUUAAGACAUUUACUUAAAAAGUUUGGAGUCAGAAUUUAUACAAAACUUAAUCCUAGUAUAGGUGAUAUGGUUAAUAAAGGCAAUAUAGUUGCUCUAAACAAUAUAAAUAAAAAUAAAACUAGUGAAGAAAAAUGUAUAAAAACCGGAGAAUUUACAGUGUACGGGUUACCAUGUGAAUGUGGUGAUUUAUACACAGGUGAAACCGUAUCAUUAUAUAAAAGAAUUAAACAACAUAAAAUGAAAACUAAAAGGUUUGAUAUAGAGAAUUCUGAAUUGGUUCAACAUAUCAGUGCUAAUACCGGGUGUGCGAUUAAUUUGAUGAAGUAG